CCAGGUUGCGAGCCUUUCGGUUGAUUUCCCCGCUACCCCGCCCCCCCUUCCUCUUUUUCUCCCCACCCCUCCCGCCUCAGCCCGGUGGAGGAUGAGGCGGCUGCAGUGGCCCCAGCCCCUGCAGCGGCAGCGGUGGUGGUUGCGGUGGGGGUGGCCGGAACUGGGGUGGUGAAGAAGCGGUGGCGGCGGCGGCGGCGGCUGAGGGAGCAGCAGCCGCCUCAAGCCGCUUCCCCCCCCCCCCACCUCGCUUCCCUUCCUCUUUAGUGCAGCCAGGAAGUUUUUCGCUUCUGUGCAUGUGUGUGUGUGUGAGUGUGUACGCGCGCGCGCGAGUGUGGGUGUGGAAGGUGAAGGUUUGGGCGGCGUUUGUGCAGGCGUUGGGGUUUUUUUGCCCACUUCUCUUCCCGUAACCCGGGGAGCUCCCGAGCCUGGGCUGUGGCCCGGAGAGGGGGCGCGGCGGCGGCGGGCUUUCUCCUUUUGUUGUUGUUUCCUCCGCCCGGGGAGCUGAAGAGGGGACGCGCCUGGGUGGGGCGGCUCGGAGCCCGGGCCUGGUGGCCCCUGGGGGCUCCCGGGCGGGCAGGGUAGGGCCGCGUAGAGCGGGCUUCAACAUGAUGGCGGCCGAGGCCGGCGGUGAGGAGGGCGGCCCGGUCACCGCCGGGGCAGCGGGAGGCGGCGCGGCCGCGGCCUCGGGUGCCUACCCGGCGGCGUGUCGGGUGAAGAUCCCCGCGGCCCUGCCCGUGACCGCCGCCGCCCCCUUUCCUGGGCUGGCGGAGGCCGGCGUGGCCGCGACUUUGGGUGGCGGAGCCGCUCUGGGGUCAGGCUUCCUGGGACCCGGGUCUGUGGCGGGGGCUCCGGGGGGACCCGGACUGUCAGCCGGAGGCGCUGCCGCCGGCGUGGCUGGUGUCGCCGCCGCCGCCGCCGCACCGGGCGGGGAGAUGGCUGUCGCCAAGGGGACCACUUCGUUGCCCGCUGAGACCUUCGGGGCCGGCGGCGGAUUCCCUCCUCUGCCGCCGCCGCCUCCUCAGUUGCCCUCUUUGGGCGCUGGCCUGGGAACAGUGGACGAAGGCGACUCUCUGGAUGGACCAGAAUACGAGGAGGAAGAGGUGGCCAUCCCGCUGACCGCUCCUCCGACUAACCAGUGGUAUCAUGGAAAACUUGAUAGAACUAUGGCAGAAGAACGCCUCAGGCAAGCAGGGAAGUCCGGCAGUUACCUUAUAAGAGAGAGUGAUCGGAGGCCAGGGUCCUUUGUACUUUCCUUUCUCAGCCAGACGAACGUUGUCAACCAUUUUAGGAUUAUUGCUAUGUGUGGAGAUUACUACAUUGGGGGAAGACGUUUUUCUUCUUUGUCAGACCUAAUAGGUUAUUACAGUCAUGUUUCCUGUUUGCUUAAAGGAGAAAAACUGCUUUAUCCAGUUGCACCACCAGAGCCAGUAGAAGAUAGAAGGCGUGUCCGAGCCAUUCUCCCUUACACAAAAGUACCAGACACUGAUGAAAUAAGUUUCUUAAAAGGAGAUAUGUUCAUUGUUCAUAACGAAUUAGAAGAUGGAUGGAUGUGGGUUACAAAUCUAAGAACAGAUGAACAAGGUCUUAUUGUUGAAGACUUAGUGGAAGAGGUGGGCCGGGAAGAAGAUCCACAUGAAGGCAAAAUAUGGUUCCAUGGGAAAAUUUCCAAACAAGAAGCUUAUAAUUUACUAAUGACAGUUGGUCAAGUCUGCAGUUUUCUCGUGAGGCCGUCAGAUAAUACUCCUGGGGACUAUUCACUUUAUUUUCGGACCAGUGAAAAUAUUCAGCGGUUUAAAAUAUGUCCAACACCAAACAAUCAGUUUAUGAUGGGAGGCCGAUAUUAUAACAGCAUUGGGGACAUCAUAGAUCACUAUCGAAAAGAACAAAUUGUUGAAGGGUAUUAUCUUAAGGAACCUGUACCCAUGCAGGAUCAAGAACAAGUACUCAAUGAUGCAGUGGAUGGCAAGGAAAUUUAUAAUACAAUUCGUCGUAAAACAAAGGAUGCCUUUUAUAAAAAUAUUGUUAAAAAAGGUUAUCUUCUAAAAAAAGGAAAGGGAAAAAGGUGGAAAAAUUUAUAUUUUAUCUUAGAGGGCAGUGAUGCCCAACUUAUUUAUUUUGAAAGUGAAAAACGAGCUACAAAACCAAAAGGAUUAAUAGAUCUCAGCGUGUGUUCUGUCUAUGUUGUUCAUGAUAGUCUCUUUGGCAGGCCAAACUGUUUCCAGAUAGUGGUUCAGCACUUUAGUGAAGAACAUUACAUCUUCUACUUUGCAGGAGAAACUCCAGAACAGGCAGAGGAUUGGAUGAAAGGUCUGCAGGCAUUUUGCAACUUAAGGAAAAGUAGUCCAGGGACAUCUAAUAAACGCCUGCGUCAGGUCAGCAGUCUUGUUUUACAUAUUGAAGAAGCCCAUAAACUCCCAGUAAAACAUUUUACUAAUCCAUAUUGUAACAUCUACCUGAAUAGCGUCCAGGUAGCAAAAACUCACGCAAGGGAAGGGCAAAACCCUGUGUGGUCAGAAGAGUUUGUCUUUGAUGAUCUUCCUCCUGACAUCAACAGAUUUGAAAUAACUCUUAGUAAUAAAACGAAGAAAAGCAAAGAUCCUGAUAUCUUAUUUAUGCGCUGCCAGUUGAGCCGGUUACAGAAGGGGCACGCCACAGACGAAUGGUUUCUGCUCAGCUCCCACAUACCCUUGAAAGGUAUCGAACCAGGGUCCCUACGGGUCCGAGCACGGUAUUCUAUGGAAAAGAUCAUGCCAGAAGAAGAAUACAGCGAAUUUAAAGAGCUUAUACUGCAAAAGGAGCUUCACGUAGUCUACGCUUUAUCACAUGUAUGCGGACAGGACCGAACACUACUGGCUAGCAUUCUGCUGAAGAUUUUUCUUCAUGAAAAGCUUGAAUCAUUGUUGUUAUGUACACUAAAUGACAGAGAAAUAAGCAUGGAAGAUGAAGCCACUACCCUAUUCCGAGCCACAACACUUGCGAGCACCUUGAUGGAGCAGUAUAUGAAAGCCACUGCUACACAAUUUGUUCAUCACGCUUUGAAAGACUCUAUCUUAAAGAUAAUGGAAAGCAAGCAGUCUUGUGAGUUAAGUCCAUCAAAGUUAGAAAAAAAUGAAGAUGUGAACACUAAUUUAGCACACCUAUUGAACAUACUUUCAGAGCUUGUGGAGAAAAUAUUCAUGGCUUCAGAAAUACUUCCACCGACACUGAGGUAUAUUUAUGGGUGUUUACAGAAAUCUGUUCAGCACAAGUGGCCUACAAAUACCACCAUGAGAACAAGAGUUGUUAGUGGUUUUGUUUUUCUGCGACUUAUCUGUCCUGCCAUCCUGAAUCCACGGAUGUUUAAUAUCAUCUCAGAUUCCCCAUCUCCUAUUGCUGCAAGAACACUGACAUUAGUGGCUAAGUCUGUGCAGAACUUAGCAAAUCUUGUGGAAUUUGGAGCUAAGGAGCCUUACAUGGAAGGUGUCAAUCCAUUCAUCAAAAGUAAUAAACAUCGCAUGAUCAUGUUUUUAGAUGAACUAGGGAAUGUACCUGAACUUCCGGACACUACAGAGCAUUCUAGAACUGACCUUUCCCGUGAUUUAGCAGCACUGCAUGAGAUUUGUGUGGCCCAUUCAGAUGAACUGCGGACGCUCAGUAAUGAGCGUGGUGCACAACAGCAUGUACUGAAAAAGCUUCUGGCUAUAACAGAACUGCUUCAGCAAAAACAAAACCAAUAUACAAAAACUAAUGACGUCAGGUAGCAGCCUUCGCCGCAGUGUUCUGCAUGGAGUCAGCAUGCCCAAAACAGUAAAUCACAUCAGUAUCAUGUCUCCUUUGCUCUUGCCAAAAAAACAGCACACCUUUCCACAUUCCAGUGAUGUGUGACCUAUGCAAACAGAACUCGAGAUUCUGCUGGUAGCUGCUCCAGCAGCUUCGUAAGCUAUCUUUACCAACCUCUGAGCCUUGGUGUACAGAUCACCUUUCACACAAUGUUAUGACUGUAUCUUGAACUUUGAAAAUAUAUUUUCAAUACAUUCAAUUGCCAAAGUUUUGCUGUUUCUUGAGAAAACAACUAUGAAAAAGCAUUCUCUGUUGACAAUUGAGUAUAACUGGAUUGCAGACUGUUCUUACUGUUACUUCUUCCUGAAUUAGGAAUAUGACCGUCUGACUGUUCAAUGACUUUAUUUGUAUUUACAGUUUCCAGAAUUUGCCAUUACAAUAGGAACAAUCCUUGCUGUAUACUUUUUUAAAAUAACUGUGCUAUCUCUGCUGGAACUGUUGAAAGAAAAUAUAUAGAGUGAAUCUAUUGCUCAUCAGCUUUAUUUUUUAAACGUACCACUUAUUUUGUUGGAAUUGUCAAAGACUGUAUUUAGAUCUCAUGCUUUUGUUUAAUGUUUACAACAGUAAAUAGUUUGAAUUCAAUAAAUAUUAUUGGUCAUUGUGUACUGAUCAAUGCAUGUUACCCAUUCAACCAUUUAUAAAUGACCAAUUUCUUUUGUAUGUUAAAAAAAAAAACCUAGAAUACUUUCGGUUGAACAUAUUCAUUAAUUCCAAGUUGAUUUUUUAAAUUAUGUGAACAAUUUCAUCAGCCACUGAACAACUAUCCAACAUCUUUGACCUUCUGACUACUUGUUGUAUCUGCUGGAUAUUUAGUUUGACUGUAUAGUUUUAUUUGCUUCUGUAUGUGUAUUUUUGUGAAUUAUUCACAGGGUUAAGUUAAAAUAAAACCAAGGGAUAUCUUAAAAUUGAUUACUUCUGUCUAAGUACAGCUAAACAUUUAAUUUCAUUAUUUUCUUCCUCCUUUAGGGACAGCUCAGAAUUUAGUACCAGAGCAAGGCUCAGGGAGAAGAUGGAAUUUCAGCUUUUUUUUUCUGGCUAAGGGUCUCCUGAAGGGUUUUAUUAAUUUAUUAUGUAUUUGUUAACAAUUCUUUCCCUCCCAUAAUUGUCCAGGGGAGACAAGGCAUACAUAGAAGGUGGUUCUAAACAAGAACAUAUUGAGAAAAGCAUUUCCCACAAUAAGGAAAAAUUUUCUGAAGGCCUAUGUUCUAACAGCGACAAUAUUUCUUCCUGUAUUUUAAGCAUUAGAGGGAUAGAAUAAAGUGUUAAAACCAAGGGUUCACAAAAUUUCUACAUAGUAUAAUUUUAAGUAUUAAUAUUAAAUGCUGUUAUUUGUAUGGAGGUAACUAGCCCUAAAGUAGCUGCAAUUUUACAAGUUGAACAGUGAUACCAAAAUACUCAGCAUAUCCUGUGUUCCUUUCUUUUCAGCUAGACAAUGGUAUGCCAUUUGGCCUCCUUUGGUGUUCUAGGAUACUAGAAGGGAUACAGACUAGUGAUAUCUCUGAAAACAUUUUGGAAAUAAAAAGGUCCAGAUUAGAGUGCUUGGCAAUUUGCUUCUCUCCCUCUACUCACACCUCAGUUUUAACCAUACUAACCUAUCUGCCCUUUCCUGAUCUCAACUACUACUCCUGCCUUUUAUUUAUUUAAAAAAAAAACCCACAAACGUAAAGAUACCCUGCUUUUCAUAUUUUAAUGACAUACUUCUCUCUUAAAACUGCAAUAAAAGAUUUAUUACCUUUGUAGGACUUAGUCACUUAGCUGAUCAAUGAUGAAAUAAAACCUCUGAAUGUUUUUUUUUUAAGGGGCUUGGUAGGAAAAUCUUCAGAGGUAAAUGCAGACCUUGCCCUGAUGCCAAACUUUAGUGACCUAAGAGAGAAACCCGCUACUUAACUGUGGACACUGUGCCUCCUGGCUAGAGCCUGGAGCACUGCUACUUCAUUUGGACUGUCCCAGAGGGUCGGAAGUCUCGGCUUGUCACACUCAGCGAAUUUUAUUCCUCUCAUUUGUCAGUGAGAAGGAAACUAAAACCAAAAAGCUCAAGCCUGAAAUACAAAGAAUUAUUAAAGAAUAUGCAUAUAUGUAAAUUUUACUUUCAAAAUCUGAAUUGUAAUGAAAUGGCACCUAUAUUUUAUGGAAAGGUGUGUCCUGGGAUGCACUGACACUGGGAGACGUGUGUAUCUGGAAAAUUCAGAUUCAGGACAAUUGAGUUUCUAAGAAUUUCUUUAACCCCAUUUUCUAGCCAAAAAACCUGACUGACCAUCAUAAUUUGGUUCCAACUCUAGAAACUAAGAUCACAGUUAACUAAAUUAAAUGCUAUAACAACCAACAUUCCUUAGCACCUAUAAAACUACUAAGUUUGGUUUUUUGUGGUAUCUUUUUAAUAAACAGAUGUUAGAUUAUGACACUUUAUAUAAAACAACAUUGGCAAAUUAUAGCUUUAAUUAGAUAUCAGUCAUGAUGGGGUAAGAUGACCCAAACCUGGUGUUACUCUGGCUCCUUUGAAGAUGUUUUAUUUCACAUAAAGCUACCCUGAAAGGAAAAAAUUUUAAAUAACAUAAAUAGAAAAGUUUAAUAUAUUUUCAUGCUUUCAUAAAUAAAGUUAAAUGCCAGACAUGCUUCAUCCGUCUGAUGAUUAGUUAGCAUUGACAAAUCAAUUUCAAAUGGCUAGAGAGAAUCUACCAGGUCAUCGUCAGUCCAUUCUUCCUAAGAAGGAAAGAAAAUGUCAUAAGGAUAACAGUAUACUGAAGCAUAACCAGUAUUGUUUACCUUCUUGCCUCUCUUUAGGAAAAUGUUCUUUUGCUAUGUUGAUUUAUAAGGUAAAUAAAUCAAGAAAAUUUGUGGUGGUUUAACCUUAUAAUAACAUGGUGUGGUCUUACCAGGUUAGCCUAGUGACAGGAAUAAACGUUACAGUUGUGACGUUCUGGGUCUGAUUAUUCAUUUUUAUCUGACUUGACAUGUACAAUUCUCUUAAAACAAGGGUAGGAAAAGACUCCUUGAAGAUCAAGAAGUAUAUCUACUACCUUCUAUAACCUUAGGAAGGACUUUUCAUCAAGUAACUAUUGUACUACUUCAGAACAGGCCAAGACAGAAGUGAGAAAAAUUCCUCCAAUAAUGGCCAAGGUUAAUAAAGGAUACAAAAGAAAGCUUUCCAGUACUUCUCUCUAUAAUGCUUGUACUCUAGGACAAUAAAACCUUAACAUUAUGGUUGUACCAGAAUAUACAACAGUAAUUUACAUUUUCCCUUUGGAGAACAUACCUCCUCAUGUUUGGAUUUCUUUGAAACAUAAUCAUCAUCUUCAUAACCUUUUCUCUUCUUCCUGCAAUUAAGCAGCCAUCAGUAAGCAAUCUAAUAUGGGCAACAGGAUAAGUUAGCAAGGCUAUGAGAGAGAUUUACUGAAGACCAAAGCCUGGAUAAGUGGAAAGAGGUGAAAAAUUCGGAUAGGAAAACUCUCUUUCAAAUUACUCUUUGAAUUCAAUGCAAUUCUAGUUACAGUCCAAAAACAAUACUUUUCAUGGAGCUUAUCAAGCCAAACUCUGACCUGGGAAACAUUAGCAAAAGAAUCUGAAAAAGAACAAAGCAAGGGGGAUCUUGUCCUUAAAAGUGGGGCACAGUUGUCCCUUGAUAUCUGAGGGGAACUGGUUCCAGGAACCCCAGAAUACCAAAAUCCUCACAUUGUCAAGUCCCUUAUAUAAAAUGGCAAUGGUCCAGCGGUGCUCUGCAUCCACAGGGCUCAUUGUAUCAGCAAAGAAUCACAGAGAUCAAUGAUCAGACAGGCGAAAAACAAAGUAUAUACAGGGGUUUAAUCUGUAAUAAGUGAGUAUUUAAAAUAAGAGAAAAUCAAGAGAUUUUUAGAUGAACAAAAAUUUUUAAUAUUAUGAGAUUUCUACCUCAGACCAGGCACAAAUAAUUGUAAAUGGUUUUUACAGCUGAACAAAAGGCAAAAUAAUAAUUUAGGGUAAGAAAAGGUGUUUAGAUGUUAAGAGUGUAAAGCAAAAGACAUGUUGCCUACAUCACAAAGUGAAAGGAACAACGGAAGAAAAUAGUCUCAAAAACUACAAGAAAAUGACACCAGGAAAUUGAGUAGGGCUUAUAAUUAUGCAAUACAGAAGACAUGCAAAUGAUUCUUGAACAUAGAAAUAUCAAUGCCUCAAAGUAAAAGGGGAAAUGAAAACUAAAAGAUGAUACUAUUUUCUUUUUUGCCCAGACUGGCAACAGUUAAAGACUGACAGUAUUAAAUGUUGUACAAUUUAUAUGAAAACAGUGGGAAAUUAUUUCUUGUGCACAGACAUAGAGAAAAGCUUGGCAGAGGUAAAUGCCUCUCAGGUCACAACUGGGACUGGGGUUUGCUCAAGGAGAACUUUGGUUUACCUGCAUUAACUGGCUUUAAUAGUGAUAAUAUAGUACUUGUACACUGAAAAAAAGUAAAAGAAUCUUAAAGUCCAAGGAAAAAUAUUUUAUCCCAAAGCAAUGCUUGUAAGUGUGGGUCCAUGGACCGAUGGUGCUGGUCCACGAACAAUCUCCAGUGUGCAAUAACUACAGAAACUGAGUGUAUGUCUAGAAACUUUACAGCAAUUUGAUAGAAUAAUUUAUGACUGUUAAAUCUAAUAAAAUUUAAGCUUCUCUUUA